CACAGCCUGAUUAUUCAAUUCAACACUCCUGCAGGACUCACCCUUACUCUACAGGAGUUAUAAUGGAUUUUUCUUCUGUAAAAAGUAUCAAGUAAGAAUAUUAAGAUGAUUACAAAUGAAGCCUGCUUUUCCGACCUAUGUAUUGAAUCUCUGCCCACCUAUUGUCCUAUAUUUUGCCACAUAAAGCUUGAAUCAGCAAGAUGAAGGUAAAAUGGACCAUGUUGGGCAUGGUUGUCUUCUUCCUACUCUCUGUGGUUAUGACCUUCUGCUUCAUAUGGCAAUACAGGAUACCAAAGUUGAAGACAGAAGUGGUUAUAAAGGAAUCGGCAGCAGAGGAGAUGUGCCCACGGUAUCCCGAGCCUGUGCCCCUCAAACAUCCUAUCACAUCUCUCAGAGUGGCUUUAGAAAAGGUUGAUCUACUCCUGAGGAGCAGUGUUGACAGAAUCAAGCUUCCAGCAAUAUCUGCCAUUAUGGUUUUAAAUGACUCUGUUCUUUGGAUUGGUAAUUUUGGCAAAAAGAACAUGAGUGACCCAACAUCUCCUCCACCCGAUGAGUACACAGUCUACAGAAUUGCAAGCCUUUCCAAGAUAUUUCCCUCCCUGAUGUUGUACAAGCUGUGGGAAGAUGGCCUUGUGGACUCAAUAGAUGACUCAGUGGAGAAGUACAUAGACAACUUCACCAUCAAGAACCCACUGGGCACCGACAGGGAAGCGGCAUCCACCACACGCAGGACCUUCAACAGAGCUGCCAUUACCUUACGUAGAAUGGCCAGCCACCUUUCUGGAUUACCCCGCAGAUUAAGGUCAACUAAUCUCCUCUGGGAUGGGGACACAGAAUCAGCCCUUCAUGAGUUGCAGGAUGAUGUCCUUGUUGCUGAUCCAGGAACAAAAUGCCACUACAGCAAUGUCGCCUUUGCUCUAAUGGCCAACGUCUUGGCUGAGAAAGUGACUGGAAUGGGCUACGAAAAGUGGGUAUCCCGCAAUAUUUUGGAUCGGCUCAACAUGAAGAACACCGGCUUCAACAUGACUCCUAUGAUCCAGAGACAGAUGGCAAUGGGUGUCUACAGCAACGGUCAGCCGGCUCCCCUCUACAACUUGGGCUGGUAUCGACCUGCGGGUCAGAUGUACUCCACGACAGCCGACAUGGCAAAACUUGUGAUGACUCUCCUGGGAUCAUACAGAAGGACACUCCUCCGAAAAGACACCCUUAACACUAUGCUGGCCCCACUUUUCCAAUGCCAGAAUGGCUACUUUGCCAGCUACACUGGCACACCAUGGGAGAUCAACCAGCAACUGGGCUACGAUGUCGUGAGAAAGGAUGGUGACUUGGAUGGCUUUGCGGCCUCUCUGUCACUGGUGCCACGUCUCAAAUUAGGAAUGGUGGUCCUGAUGGCUGGGGUACGACCCGCAGGGCAGGAUUUAGUGAGGCGGCUAUACAGCCACCUCAUUCCUGCAGUGGAAGGCGCUUACAGGGAUGCUGAACUGACACCCAGACCGCCGCCUGACCCAGCUCCAUACGUAGGCUUUUUUACUUACAGAAAUAUAACUUUCUAUGAGAUUAAGGUAGGCUCACAUGGGGCCCUGCUCAUGCAACAGUUUGGACCACAGGUGGAUAGCAAAAUCACAGACAAUUACCAAACCAUCCACCUUCAGUAUCUUCAGGAUAGGGUGUUCAGAGUGGUGUUCAAGAGCCCAUACCCUUGUAAGUUGAAGGUCAACAGUGCCUCGGUCUCUUUGGAGACUCAAGACAGACAGCUCUUUAACUUUUACCUCUUCAACAAACAAGGUGUGUCACCAGGAUUUGAUUCGCCAGGACUUAACACUUACAAAGUCAUGAGGAUAGCCGGCAAACCGUAUUUUACAACAUGAAAAGUGAAUGCAAACAUAUUUUGUACUGGCUUGCUCCCCCCC